UUCUUUUUCGAUCUUCCAUCCUCUGGUCCUGAUGCGUUUCAUUGAAUUCAUCCUCUGGGCCGCUGCGCCGGCGUGUGGGGGCAUCCCGACAAGAAUCAAACUGAUUCUCUUGAGCAAGCGCUUUUGUGUGAUUUCGUGGUGGAGUCGUGGUAGAAAAAAAACCUCUGUUUUUUUUCUCGUUAAUUUUCGUGCAGCUCCAUGCUUCGUUACCAUCGAGGCCUUUUUCUCAUUGUCUCACUGGAGAAACAAAUCGCCAAUCGUCAGACAAGUGGAGCAUGAACCGGUUGGAUCGUGUGGGAAUUUUGAGCAAACUUUGUUGUUGCUUUCAAGGCUCAACUUUGCAACCUCGACUCCGGCUGCAAAAUCUGGAUGUAGUCUCAGCGCUCAAAAUGGCGGCCUCUCAGCUUGUUCUCACAGAAGGAAAGCUGACGCUCGAACGUUAAGGUGGCUGUUUCAAAAGGCUCGCAUCACCCUCGCAACAGGCGAAGAGACCACAGCAACCAACGUGAAGCUUGCCAAAAAGGCGUCCUUGGAAGUAAGUUGGUUUUCUCGAGCAGCACUUGUGUGCUAGCUUUUUUACAGAAUUUCUCCCGCUGUGUCUUGCACGAAAGAGUUAAACGUAGCUGCGAAAGUGAGAAGGGAUGGCUCAGUCCAAUUUUGAGCAGGACCUUCACGAUGCUCUCGGAUGGUUUUUGAGUAUUACCUGCAUCGGACGGUACUGGGCAGGUUCAUCCGACGGUGCUCGGGCCGAUCCCGGUCCUGCGCUGUGAUUCGCGCAACCUCGCGUCCGCUUCAAGUGAGCGGGAAAUUCAAUGGUUAAGAUUGCCCAUCCCUCGGUCCUGCGCUGUGAUUGGCUCAACGUCGCGUCGGCUUGAAGUGAGCGGGAAAUUCGACGGUCAACCUUUGGAGAUGCUUACUUAAUACAUAAAUGAGAAAGAGACUCUUUUGGAUC